UUUCUAUAUCUUGGACCACGCACUCCUGCAGUCAUAUCUCCACGGCUUCAUCCUCCGGCCCAAACAUCCACCACACACCGCCUAAACAACCCAACACCACCGCCAUGCCUCCCACCGCCACCUCCGCCACCUCCGCUGGCAUGGCGGCCCAGGAGACAGAGAGAGACCACGUCGUCAUCUUCCCUUUCAUGGCCAAGGGCCAUACUAUCCCGCUCCUCCACCUCGCCGCCGCACUCUCGGCCCGUGGCCUCCGCGUCACACUUGUCACCACCCCGGCCAACUCCCCCUUCAUCCGCCGCCACCUCCCCACCUGUCGUCACCCCGCUGUAGCCAUCCUCACCCUCCCCUUCCCCCACCUCCACCCGCUCCCCCCGGGUGUUGAGUCCACCGAUGUCCUCCCCUCCCUGGACCUCUACCCUGCUUUCCUCCGCGCCACCGGCCUCCUCCGCCGCCCCUUCCACCACCUUCUCGUGCGCCUCCUCGGGGAAGCCGCUCGUCCACCCCUCUGCCUCAUCUCCGACUUCUUCCUCGGCUGGACCCUCCCUCUCUGCCGCCGCUUCGGCCUCCCCCGCCUCGUAUUCCACGGCAUGUCCACCUUCUCCAUGGCCCUCUGCAAGUCCCUCUGGGUGCACCAACCCCACUCCACCUCCGCCGCCUCCGGCGACCACCGCCUCCCCUUCCACGUCCCGGGCACGCCCCCUUCGCUCCUCCUCACCUUAACCGACGUCCCCGACACGAUCCGCAACUCGGCCAACCCGGACGACCCGGUGACUCAGUACCUCAACGAGCUGGGCGACUCGGACGUCAGCAGCUGGGGCAUAGUCGUCAACAGCUUCGCCGCCGUUGACGGCGACUACGUUCGCCUCUUGGAGUCGUUCUAUCUCGGCGGGGCCCGCGCCUGUCUGGUGGGCCCUCUCUCCCUCCUCGCCGAUAUCGAGUCCGACGCGCACGAGUGUCUGAAAUGGCUCGACGGGAAGGACCGGGGCUCGGUGGUCUUCGUCUCGUUCGGGACCCAGGUGCACGUGCCGGUUACGCAGCUCCACGAGGUGGCCCACGGGCUCGUCCAAUCGGGUCACAGCUUCGUCUGGGUGGUCCGCUCCGAGACCUGGGCCCCGCCCGAUUGCGUGCAGGAGAGGGGGAAGAUCGUACGAGGCUGGGUCCCACAGAGGGAGAUACUAGGACACGUGGCGGUCGGAGGGUUCGUCAGCCACUGUGGGUGGAAUUCGGUGCUGGAGAGCUUAUCGGCAGGGGUGCCGAUUCUAGCGUGGCCGAUGAUCGCCGAGCAGCGGCUGAACGCGAAGCACGUGGUGGAGCUCCUGGGCGCCGGCGUGCUGGUGGGCGCAGAAGCGGGUGAAAUUAUAGGGAGGGAGGAGGUGGCCAAGGGGGUGAAAGAGGUGAUGGGGGGAGGGGAGAAGGGGUGGAAGGCGAGGGAGGGGGCGGCCGAGCUCCGGCAGGCGGCGGCGGCGGCUGUGGCGGAGGGGGGGACGUCCGACCAGGCGUUAGAGGAGCUGUUGGAGGAGCUCCGGAGGGCCAACAGCAAUGUUAUCCGCGAGUUCUGUAAGGAGGAAGAUCAGGCGGUGGUGGCGGAGGAAGCGACCCAUGCGGACUUGCAGCAGGAUGGGAUUCAAAUCUCAUGAUGGUGGUUUGUUGAAAUUGGAAUUGCAGCAUGAUCUCGUUGACUGACUUGGUGUCGUCCUAUGUUACAUAUAAAUAAUUAAAGGGGGGGAGGUGGCAUGGAAAAGAUGGGCACCAUAUCGUACGUGAGAGAACCGGUGUCUGCUUUCAUGUCAUUACGCUGCCUGGACUACUGUUGAUUGAUAUAUAUAUAUAUAUAUAUAUAUA